AUGGGUUCCCUCUAUGAGGUGCUGGGAAUUUCAACUGGUGCAAGCUGCCUUGAGAUAAAGACAGCUUACAGGAAGCUUGCGAGGACGUGCCACCCUGAUGUUGUGGCCAUAAAUCAGAAGGAAAGCUCAGCGAACCAGUUCAUGAUGAUCCACUUAGCUUACUCAACAUUGUCUGACCCAAAUAAGCGUGCUCAAUAUGAUAUAGAAAUCUAUGGACACAGAAGGCCAACAAGUGUAAUUUCUAUGUCAGCAAGAAAUAAGACAUCUUCACGUGCAGGAAGGAGAUGGGAAACAGACCAAUGCUGGUAG